AUGCCACCAGCAUCUCUAGGUGAACAUGGUCCUCAAGUUCAGGUUGCAGCAACCAAGGCUCUGUAUAAUGCCUUGGAGCUUUUGAAGAGAUCAACUUUGAGAAUGAGACGAGCCUUACAUGCAAACCCUAUUCAGUUUACAUCAAAUGCUGUAAAGGGCGAUGAAGAGACUUUAGCUCUCCAAGCAAUUGAGUUCUGGAGCUGUGUCUGUGGCAAAGAGAUUGAACUUCAGGAGCUUGAGAGUCCUGAAAGUGGUGACUCUGGACCUUCCCAUUCUGGUAUUCCUAAGAAGGCUUUAUUGUUGGAAACUUUACUGAAGCAGAAAGAGGAUCAAGACCAGGAUGAUACAAUCACAAACAUAUACAUGGCUGGUGGAACUUGUCUCGUUCUUUUUGCCAGAACGGUUGGAGGUAUGGGUAAUAUCUUCUCAAUCUCACUUUCACUCGAUCCCAUCAUUACCCGUUGCUGGGAUUGUGCUACUGGACAGGCAAGUUAUAUAUGCAACCUCGAAGAUAACCUCCAUGCCUUACAAACUGAACUAGCAGAACUGAAGGAGCUCAGGGGUGAUCUGAUGAGCAAGGUCAGAAUUGCUGAAGACGAGCAGCAACUUAAGCGGCUAAACCAAGUUGAGGGUUGGCUUCAGAGGGCUGAAACUCUGAUAGCCGAUGCUGAUAAACUGAUUGUCCAAAGUCCUCAGCAUGUUGAAAAGUUAUGUAUGGGAGGUUGUUGUUCCAGGCAUCCCAGGUCCACCCACAAGUUCGGGAAGCAAAUCGCCAGAAUACUCCAAGAGGUGAAACACCUGAAGGAAUUGAAAAGAGAUUUCAGUGAUGUGGCCAGCAAGCCACCACUUCCUUCCGCAACUCAACGACCUUCUGAGCCAACUGUGGGAUUAGAGUCCAAUUUCAAUCAUGUUUGGAGCAGUCUUCAAAAGGAACAAGUGGGAGUUAUUGGCAUAUAUGGCUUAGGAGGGGUUGGCAAGACAACCCUCCUAAACCAAAUCAAUAACAAAUUCCAUGAUAUGUCCCAUGAUUACCAUGUCAUUUGGGCAGUUGCAUCACAAGAUCAGCCAAUUGAGAAAGUUCAGGACCAGAUUGCCAAAAGAAUAGGCUUGCUGGCCGAGGAUAGGAAAUCUAUUGAAGAGAAAGCUGAAGACAUCUUCAAGGUAUUAUGUAAAAAGAAGUUUGCACUGUUGUUGGAUGAUAUAUGGGAAUGGUUUGAUCUCACAAGAGCUGGGGUACCUCUUCCAACACAAGAAAAUGGCUCUAAAGUCAUUUUCACAACUCGUCGUCUUGACGUGUGCUGUCAAAUGCAACCGAACAUGGAUAAUAAUAUCAGAGUGGAAUGUUUACCUCCAGGAGAAGCUUUGAAACUGUUCGAGGAGAAGGUUGGAGCAGAAACCCUUCAAAUGCAUCCAGAUAUUUGCAAGUUAGCUGAAGCGGUGGUUGAAGAGUGUGCAGGACUACCUCUCGCUCUCAUUACAAUUGGGCGAGCCAUGGCAUCCAAGAAGACCCCUCGAGAAUGGGAAUUUGCUAUUGAAGCUUUAAGGCAAUCAACAGCUUCUGCUUUCCCAAGGGUAGGGAAAGAGAUGUAUCCCAAGUUAAAAUUCAGUUAUGACUGUUUAGCUGAUGAAAAAGUGAAAUCGUGUUUCCUGUAUUGUUCUUUAUAUCCAGAAGAUCAUAUCAUCGUAAAAGAUGAACUAAUACAUUGUUGGAUCGGGGAUGGAAUUUUGGACAAACAUACCAAUUUGAGCAGUGCCAGAAACGAGGGACAUUUCAUUAUAGGUUCUCUUAUUGAGGCAUGCUUAUUGGAGAAAGGAGCUAAUAAUAAUGGUGUAAAGAUGCACGACGUGAUUCGUGACAUGGCUUUGUGGAUUGCUGGUGAAUCUAAGAAGGUUUUUGUAAAAUCAGGUGUUCGGUUAAAGGAACUACCGGAAGCUGAUAAGUGGGAAGAGGCUAUAAGAAUGUCGUUGAUGGAUAAUAAAAUUGAAAAUCUAACUGAGAUAUUGGCAUGCCCCUAUCUCCAAACUUUAUUUCUUGGGAGGAAUCCUUUGAAGGUGAUCAUCAAUGAUUUCUUUAAUUUCAUGCCGAUGCUAAGGGUUCUGGACUUGUCCCACAAUCCGCGUUUGGAAGAAUUGUCAGUAGGAAUUGCAAAGUUGGUUUCACUAGAACAUCUCAAUCUGUCAUUUACAGGAAUAAGAAAAUUGCCAGUCGAAUUGAAGGCCCUAGCAAAGCUAAAAUAUUUGAAUUUGGAGUGGAUAGGGAGUCUGAGUGUGAUCCCACAACAACUUAUAUCUAGUUUCUCUAAGUUGCAAGUACUGAAAAUGGAGGGAUGUGGCUAUGGAUGUUCAUUGGUUUUGGAGGAAAUGGAGCAUUUCAAAUAUUUGAAUGUGUUGACCAUUACUUUUAGAAGCGAUUCAGAGUUGGGAAAAACUGUGGGGUUCAACAAGUUCUUUAGCCGUGCCAUUGAAAGUGUAACCCUUGAAGAUUUCAGAGAUUCAAGAUCAUUGAAUAUUUUGGCUUUAACAAAUGUGCAGCAUCUGCAGAGAUUAUCACUUUCGCAUUGUGAGGAUCUAGAAGAAGUGAAGAUCGAAAGUAACAUAAUUAAAGGUGCAGGAUGCUUCCAUAGACUUGGAUUUGUAUUCCUAUUCGACUGCAAUCAAUUGAGGGAUGUGAGUUGGGUAGUUUUUGCUCCACAUUUGGAAGUAUUAAUGAUACAUGAUUGCAAAAGUUUAGAAGAAAUUAUUAGUGAAGAAAAACUUGGUGAAGUCACUAAGUCGAAGGCAAAUACAAACCUAUUUUCUAAGCUCGAGGCUUUCUAUCUAUUUUCUUUGCCCAAAAUGAAGACAAUAUACCGCCAUGCUCUGCCUUUCCCGCAACUGGAGGAAAUCAUAAUUCGAAAAUGCCCAAUGUUGAAGAAGCUCCCUUUAAACUCCAAUAGUGCAAAAGGACAAAGGCUGGUCAUUGAAGGAGAGGAGGGAUGGUGGAAAGAUGUAGAAUGGGAGGAUGAAUCCACUCGAAUUGCUUUUCUUCCCUCUUUUAAACCUCGGUAAUCUACGAAAUGUUGGAUAUUAAUUAAGGCUGAAAGCCCUGAUUGUAUCAUAGCAUACCUCAUUGUAAGUUUUAUUUUGCCAGUC